AUGAAAAAUCAUUAUAAUACAUUAGGACUUUAAAGAGAUGCUGAAUAGCAAUAAAUAAAGGAAGCUUACCAUAAAUUAGCAUUAGAAUGGCAUCCAGUAAGAUAAUAUAUUUUAAACUAAGUUAGGACAAGAAUAUGAACUAUAGGACCUAAGCAAUCAUUCAAUUCUAAGAGAUUAGUGAGGCUUACAAUACUUUAUCUAAAUAAGAAUCAAAAAAGAUAUACGAUUAUAAUCUUGAUAGAAAGGAAAUUAUCCUAAAUUUUACUAAAAAAUAAUAAGAAUAAGAAAAAUAAUUGUACAACUAAUUGUCAAAAGAAUUCAAUCUAAAUAGUACUUAUUUAACAAAAGAUGAAUAAGACACUAUAAAUAAGUUCAUGAAUAGAAUUGAAAAGUAAAGUAAACGGAUUAAAAAAAGAUAAUGA